GGUGAGUAAAGGUAAAGUUAGAUGAACUUUCUGAACACAGCCCAGCCUAAUUUAAUGCAUGGUGUAUUUUGUAUAUAUACGACUGUAUAAGGUUAUGUCUUAUAUCUCGUGCGAAUUUUUAAAUUGUGCCGGGGACACUUCUUUAUUAGCUCUAAUAUGUAACAAUAUUUGAAAAUUACUUAUCAAAUUAGCCUCGAAGAUUACUUAUCACAUAGCUUCGAACGACGAUAAAAAUGAAGCUGGUCAAACCAAAUUGGGUUACUCACGAUGGAUACCCAAUAUUUUCUAUCGAUAUACAUCCCAAUGGAAAAAGGUUUGCUACUGGUGGUCAAGGUGGUGAUUCAGGAAGAGUUGUUAUAUGGAAUAUGGAACCAGUAGUUAAUGAGACUGCUGAAUUAGACUCUAAUGUUCCAAAGAUGCUGUGUCAAUUAGACAAUCAUCUUGCAUGCGUGAAUUGUGUACGAUGGAGCAAUAGUGGAUUGUUGGCAUCAGGUGGUGUAGAUAAGCUUAUUAUGAUUUGGAGAUUAUCUGGAUCAGGAGGAAGCUCUAUUUUUGGUGGAAAAGCUAGUGUCGAAACUUGGAGAUGUAUCGCAACGUUACGCUCACACGAAGCUGAUGUACUUGAUCUUGCAUGGGCACCACAUAGUCCAUGGUUGGCUUCUGCCUCAGUGGAUAACAGUGUUAUAGUAUGGGAUGCAUCCAAGUUUCCUGCAGUAGUUGCAGUAUUAAAAGGUCAUACAGGUUUUGUAAAAGGAAUUACUUGGGAUCCUGUGGGGAAAUAUUUAGCAUCUCAAUCUGAUGACAAAACAUUGAGAGUAUGGCAUACUACGGAUUGGACGGAAGCAGCUUUAAUAUCUGAGCCAUUCGACGAAUGUGGUGGCACAACUCAUGUUCUAAGACUUUCCUGGAGUCCAGAUGGUCAGUAUUUAGUAUCUGCCCAUGCUAUGAAUGGAGGAGGACCUACAGCUCAAAUAAUUGAAAGGGAUGGAUGGACACAGGAUAAAGAUUUUGUUGGACAUAGGAAGGCAGUAACUUGUGUUAGAUUUAAUGGCAAUAUUCUACAGAAGAAACAACCAGGUUCCUCUAAGCCACAACAGUAUUGCUGUGUUGCAAUAGGAUCACGAGAUCGUUCUCUAUCUGUAUGGUUAACAUCCUUGAAAAGACCUUUGGUCGUAAUUCACGAGUUGUUUACACAUUCUGUAUUAGAUGCUAGUUGGUCGCCAUGUGGUCUUCGUCUUGCCGCAUGUUCUUGGGAUGGAACAGCUUAACUAAUUAUUUUUGGUUUAUAGAGUAGUUUACAUGAACGAUUGUAUGGUAAACCAUUGGUUCAAGGAGGUUGUAUGGUGAUGGAAGCACCAGAACUUCUCAAUUUGAAACAACCGGCAUCGAAUCAAUCUUUUCAAGUAUCCGCUCCUAGCAUUCCCCCUGUCACUAACACUGUAACUACUCCAGUUAAGGGACCUAUUAAUAAACAAAUUGAAACGAGGACUUCAGAUGGGAAAAGAAGAAUUACUCCUAUGUUUAUUCCACCGCCAGCAGAUACAACAGAUACAAAUAUCAGUGGUAGUUUAGGCACACCGACGUUCACCAGUAAAGUACAAACGAAAAGCUCAAUUGUGAUAGAAAAACGUAACGAUGUUGUUGCACCCAAUGUCACUUCAUCAUCCAAAUCAGUUGCUGUCGAUGCUCCAGAAUCCUCCCUUACAUUGAAACGCAAGGAACAAACAACACCAAAGAUACACCAUUCGUCGCCGAAUAAAAAGCCUAAAUUCGUAUCUGAUAGGAACGUAGGUCAGAUGUUACUGCCUCCAUUAAAGCCGUCCAGCUCAUUGUCCCAACAGGCGGGACAUUAUGCUGUGACUGUCACUAACAGUCAUGGCUUAGCUCAUUUACAAGUAUUUAAAGGCACAGAUUCUGAACCGACAUGGGAUCUCUAUUUAGGAUAUAGUGCUGUGGCAUUAGCGGCAUCACCGGCUGUGAUAGCCUUGGGUUUGGAAGAUGGGAGUCUUCAUACAUUUCAUCCUGCAAAAGGAUGUCGAUCAGCACCACCAUUAGCUCCACCGGCACCUUUGGCAAAAGUUCAUGCUGUUGGAAAUGCGGUGAUGGUAAUAUCGAGCUGUGGUGCGGUUCGCGUGUGGGAAAUAGGAAAUACAUGCAGAAUGAUCGUUUCAACUUCGGCUGCUCAUUUAGCAGCGCCUGGAGCGUCUUUGUUGUCAUGCACUUUAUAUAAUGGAAUGCCUCAUGUAGCAUUUACUAAUGCACGAGCGUAUAUGUAUCAUAAGGAUAUGGGGACAUGGCUAUUAAUUGGAGACAGUCAGGAUCCAGUUUGGCGAUGGUCAUCAUUCAAUGUACUGAGUACUUCUGGCAAUAGAACGCCUAGAGGACCUCUAUCAUCAUUACAGGAAGGACUGCUUAGAACCUCCGGAAAUAUUUUACCAAAUCCGCGAUUACCGCAUAGUGCACCAAGCGUAGUUUCUUAUUUGGAACAGCAAUUACUCGCAUCUAAAGCUCUUGGAAGUGCUCAAGAGUACAUUCAUUGGCUUAUGGCUUUGGUGUCAUUCUUAUUAACGCAAGACGGUUUGGAGAAACGUCUAAGGCUAAUUUUGGACGAUCUUUUGGGUCCAAGUCAUACAUCAGCUUCCAAAAGUGCAUGGGACCCUGUUAUUUUGGGAAUAAAGAAACAUAAACUUCUGGGCGAUGUACUGGCUGUAAUUGGUGGCCAUCUUCGUUGGCAAAGAUUGUACCUCGAAUAUUCGGAGCAAUUAACGACACUGAAGAAUCAAACUAAUUAACGUAAUUUAUUCAACAGUGCAAAUUCAUUAUAC